UGAACAUAUCCGUGCCCGCCACUCGCCGUAGCCGAUACAAUUUUUUUUAUCUAUUCAUUUCUAAUUCUGCGCGGGAAUUCGAAAUUUAAAUAUCGAUUGCGGAAAAUGCAAAUGUGAUAAAAAACAACUUUUUUUAAUUGUAACGUGCCAGUGACAAUUGGAAGUGACCAGUGACUGUUGAUACCAAAGAUAUUUAAUCUGUGAUAUAUUUAUAAAAUUUUCAAGAUGUCUGACAGCUGCACAUUAUGUACUCGCAACUUUAGAAAACACGGAUCUAUGUCGCCUAGAUACGGUUUUCCCCAAAGGCUGUUGGUAGCUCUAUCGGUAUUAGUAAUAUUAGUGAUGUUUGUGAUGCCCGUUGAAGCGCGAUCGAUUGAACACAAGAGGCGGCAUCAACGAAGGCAGCCGGAAGCAAUGGCACAACUAACCAAAGACAUGCGACCGACGAGGCAUCCAACCGUAGAACUAUACAAGAACGCAACUAGAAAGAUUAUGAGGAAGUUAAAGAAUACGAGAAGAUUUUUCAAUCAAGACAGAAAAGAUUUGAACGAAUCUAAAGAGUACAGAGACGGGAUGCCGGAUUGGUUGCCGGCUGUUAACUUUGUUGAUAUACAUUUCCAUGACUAUAAAUCAUCGAGAAAAACUGGCGGAUCUAUUUGGGAGAAAAAGUUCGCCUACCAAAUGCCGAGACUCUACAAAUCGUUAAAAGAAUACUACGAACUGUUUCAAAGACUACGCGACGUCGAAGUUGACUUCCCAGACGAUCCCUUCAAUAGCUACAAGAUCACGCGACAGAAACUCAUUAACGGUUCGAUGCAACGGUUGUACAGCUCCAUUGCAGAGAUAACAGAGAGUAUGACAGCCGUCAACAUGGACAUACCAAACUUCGACAUCAGCAAAAUGAAGCUAGACAAUUUCCCGAUGAAAGUUGACGCGACGCAAUGCCUCAAGAAUGACUACAUCGUGUUCCGAGGUUACGGUAACUUACUCAACAAUUGGUACUACGAGUUCAGAUGUCCGAGAAGCAAGAAGGUAAACAAAAGAUGCGUAGCUUAUGAAGAGAAACUUCAAGAAAAGAAGGAUAGUAGAAGACCCAAGAAUAAAAUGCUCUUUAUGAGUUGAGUGUGAUUACCGUAGGUUUCCACUGCCGAAGUAUCUGUUUAAAAAGUUAUAGCUACCUUUUUUAAAGAGAAUAAGAGUGAUGAUUGUUUUUAGAGAUAUUUCGGCAGUAAAUACGUAUGUUUAUUUGUAAAAAAUCGUACAAACGCCACUUGUGUACUUAUUUAUUUGUUAGUUAAGUGUACGGCUCUCUGUGUAACGUGAGAUAUUGGAUUGCUUGACGAGACAUAUUAUGUUGAUUAAGUUAUGGGUACUUUCUCUGUGAUAUUUAGUAUUCUGUAGAUAAUAAUUGUUAAUUUAUUGAAAGUGCUAGUUUUUAAGACUUGUAAUAAGUUCCUUUUGUCUCUUCGAUGUUUCUUUCCUACUAUAGCUUUCUAUAUUUUCAAAAAUUGAUUUUAACAAUGAUAUUAUAUGCGAUUGUGAUUUUCUCUGACUUAUAUUUACAUCUUUACUAUUUCGGAAGAAGUAUUAAUAAUAUCUAACUCUUAAUCUCAUUAAGUAUUACUAGGAGCAGGCGAUUUAUGCCAUUUUAGCCAAGAAAGACUUUUAGCCUAUUUUAUAAUAUUAAGCUGCUUAUUUAUUUUAACUUUAACUUUAAGUAUAUUUGUAUGAAAACGUGCCGUUUAAUUCAUAAAGAUACUGACGCGAUGUUUAUUUUACCGACAAUGUAAAUGUUUCUGAAGUGAAAUUUUAUAAAAUCGACAGAAAAAUUAAAACAAAUUAUUUUAAAUGCGAAUAAAUUUUAUA